AUGCCAUCAUAUAUUGACUACCUCUUUUCUACCACCAGAGAAGAUCCAACCAAAAAGCCAGCAAUCAACACCAUGUCGACGCCCGCGCUUGCGACGGCUGCCGAGGGAGCGACGCACAUCAUCCUGGUGCACGGCACGGGCCACGGCGGGUGGUGCUGGUACCGGGUCGCCACGCUGCUCCGCGCCGCGGGACACCGCGUGGACGCGCCGGACCUCACGGCGUCUGGCAUCGACUCGCGGCAGCUCCGCGACGUGCCCACCUUCGAGGACUACACGCGGCCGCUGCUCGACGCGCUCCGGGCGCUCCCGCCGGGAAAGAGGGCGGUCCUCGUGGGCCACAGCUUCGGCGGCAUGAGCAUCGCGCUCGCCGCGGAGAUGUUCCCGGAGAAAGUGGCGGCCGCCGUGUUCGUCACGGCGUUCCUGCCGGACUGCACCAACCCACGCUCGCACGUCAUCGAGAAGGUUACCGUGUCAGACUGGAUGGACACCGUCACGGAUGCAGAGCACGUCCCACCCUCGGUGUUCCUGGGGCCUGAAUUCCUGCGCCACAAGCUCUACCAGCUGAGCCCACCGGAGGACUACACGCUGUCCCAGAGCCUGGCCCGGGUGAGCUCAUACUACGUGCCAGACCUACAGAGCCAGCAGCCGUUCAGCGAGUCCAGGUACGGCGCGGUGACCAAGGUGUACAUGGUCUGUAAGCAGGAUCAGGCCAUGACCGAGGCGUACCAGCACACGAUGAUCGCCGGCUGUCCCGUGGCGGAGGUGAGGGAGAUCGCCGACGCCGACCACAUGGCCAUGUUCUCCGCGCCGGCUGAGCUUGCUGGGCACCUCGCCCACGUCGCCAACACGUACGCUUGA